UUUGAUCUCGUUGGUGGGACUAGGGGAUAAGAACUGCACCGCGCGGGACUAGUCGCUGGCGGCGCCUGACGGAGCAGAAAGGGACUGGAGUUGUGAACAGUUGUGAGCUGGGAAUCAAACUUAGGUCUUCUGCAGGCACACCCAGUGCUCUGACUGUUGCUCGGUCUCUCCAGCCCCCAUCAGAAGAGACAGCAUGGAGUUGGAGAGCAUCGUCAGUUCGGCCCUCCUUGCCUUUGUGCAGACACACCUCUCGGAGGCCGACGUCAGUGGUUUGGAUGAGGUCAUCUUCUCCUAUGUGCUGGGGGUCCUGGAGGACCUGGGCCCCUCAGGCCCCUCAGAGGAGAACUUUGAUAUGGAUGCCUUCACAGAGAUGAUGGAGGCUUACGUGCCUGGCUUCGCCCACAUCCCCAGGGGCAUGAUAGGGGACAUGAUGCAACAGCUGUCAUCACAGCUGAGUGAUGCUAGGAACAAAGAGAACCUGCACCCACAGAGCUCCUGUGUCCAAGGUCAGGUGCCCAUUUUUCCAGAGACCCUGAGGCAACCUGAAAAGCUCAGAGAAGAGACCAGAUCUCCUGCUGCUACUGGGGACACCCAGCAUGAGGCAGCUGGUUCUGAGGAAGAACUUCCGGGAGUAGAUGUCCUCUUGGAGGUAUUCCCUACCUGUUCUGUGGAGCAGGCCCAGUGGGUGUUGGCCAAAGCUCGGGGGGACUUGGAAGAAGCAGUGCAGAUGCUGACAGAGGGCAAGGAAGAGGGGCCUCCCAGCUGGGAUGGCCCAAGUCAGGACUUGCCCAGGCGCCUCCGAGGCCCCCAGAAGGAUGAACUGAAGUCCUUCAUCCUUCAGAAGUACAUGAUGGUGGACAGUGCAGAGGACCAGAAGAUUCACCGACCCAUGGCUCCCAAGGAGGCCCCCAAAAAGUUGAUCCGAUAUAUUGACAACCAAGUAGUGAGCACCAAAGGGGAGCGGUUCAAAGACAUGCGGAACCCCGAGGCUGAGGAGAUGAAGGCAACAUACAUCAACCUCAAGCCAGCCAGAAAGUACCGCUUCCACUGAGGCCCUGUCUGGACUCUGCCGAGCCUUCCAGAUCCCAGAGGGAUGCAGCCUCCUGUCCACCCCACUGCCCCUUCUCUAUUUCCUUGCUCUAGUGUUAAUCUAUUCUUGGAGCUGCCUUCAUGAGCACAGUAAAGGUGGUCCAAGGAA